CUUAUUAAUCAGUAACACACACUUCUUCAUUUCCAAUUUCCUGCUUUAGCUUGCUUUUAUAAGAGCGGAGGAAGGCUUCAGGAGCAGGAGAACCAGCGAGCGACUCAAGCUCUCUUCUCAGACUUCUCCAGCAGACUCAAAAAUGACUCGCUCCUUGAGAGAGUGGUUUAAAGAGUACAUGUCAGAGCGGCGCGGGCGCAAAAACCGCCUGGUCACCAAAGAUGGCCGUUGCAACAUCGAGUUCGGCAACGUGAUGCAUCGAAACCGCUUUGCCUAUGUCCUCGACUUCUGGACCACCUUCGUGGAGACCCGAUGGCGGUUCAUCCUCUUGUAUUUUGUGGCAUCCUUCACCCUCAGUUGGUUUCUCUUCGGACUAAUCUGGUACUGGUUGGCAAGAAACAAUGGUGACCUGUUGUGGCAGAAUCCAACACCAAGCCAUAAACCAUGUGCUUUUAGCGUUAAUGACAUGACGUAUGCCUUCCUUUUGUCACUGGAGACCCAGUCCACCAUUGGGUUUGGCAAUAUAUACGUCACUGACCAAUGUCCUGGAGGUGUGGCUCUGAUUGUAAUCCAGACUAUCAUAGGACUCUUCAUUAACAUCUUCUGGUGUGGUAUAGUUAUGACCAAAAUAUCCCUUCCAAAAAAGAGAGCCAAAACCAUCACCUUCAGUGAAUCCGCUGUCAUCUGUCCCAAAAAAGGCACUCUUUGCCUUCAAAUCCGUGUCGCCAACCUGCGCAAGACCUUAAUGAUCGGCAGUCAGAUUUACGGGAAGCUUCUGAGGACAACAGUCACUGGAGGUGAGACCGUCAUCCUGGACCAGGUCAGCAUUGACUUCAUGGUGGAUGCUGGGAAGGACAAUCUGUUUUUCGUGUGUCCUUUAACCCUGUACCACAUCAUUGACAAAAGCAGUCCAUUCUUCAACAUGGCUGUGGACACUAUGCAUCAGCAGGACUUUGAGCUCGUGGUUUUUCUCGAUGGCAUGGCUGAAUCCACCAGCUCUGCCUGCCAGGUCAGGACUUCAUACAUUCCUCAGGAGAUCAUGUGGGGCUAUGACUUUCUCCCGAUCAUCUCCCGUAGCAAAGAGGGAAGAUACCGAGUGGACUUUUCCAACUUUGCUAAAGUGGUGCCUGUUCCUACCGCACAUUGCUCCCACUGCUACCACAAUGAGCCCGGAAACCAUCUCCAUCUCAAGGGCAUUGACAACAAGGGCUUUGAGGUGAUUGACAUUGAGCCGCCAAAUGGCACCAAAAUGUAAUGCUUUUUUGACUGACUGGUCAACAUCUUGCACUAUGCCGAAACAUUGGACACUAAUGCUUCAUGUCUUUCAUAAUGGGGAUGAGAGGCGAGACGAGUGUUUCAAUAUCUCGAAAUACCACUUGAGUGGCAACACUGCAGGAAUCCAUUUCUUUUAUCAAAUGCACUGCUUUACUCUUCACAAAGCAAUGUUUUUUGUCUAUUCCACCUGACAGAAUUGAAAAUUUUUGACAUUCUGUUCUUCUGUUACUGUAGACAUUGAUUUCGGAGUUUGAGUAUCCACUGGCAAUUAAUUAAUUUGAGAUUGACUUAAAAAAAACUCAAAAAAUCCUCUGUAUCUCAGAUUCCAGCUGGUGGUUUUGUGCUCUGAAUCACUCUGGGAUGUUGUUUCUUGUUACAUUUGUAGAUUUAUUGUAAAUUUGCAUAAGUGAAUGUGUAAAUAUAAUUUUGUACUUUAUUUGUACAUACAUUUUUUUUAUGAAAAUAAAAAAUGAAACGU